AAUUUGAAUACAUUAGAUCACUAUCUGGAUGACUUUAUCUUUGCAGGUAAUAGCUCUUCUCAACAUUGCCAACAAUUAAUGUCCUCUUUCCAAUGUAUUUGUCAGGAGCUUGGGGUUCCAAUUGCGAAUGAAAAAACUGUUGGCCCGGUAACAACUCUAACAUUUUUGGGUCUGGAAAUAGAUACCAUAAAUAGAAUUGUUCGUAUACCGGCAAAUAAAAUAGUUGCAUUGGUUUCUUUGCUUCAGAAACUCAUAACACUAAAAAAGGUGACAUUAAAAGACCUUCAGUCAUUGGUCGGGGCUUUGAGUUUUUUCUGUAAAGCGAUCAGGGCAGGCAGGGCAUUUAUUAGGCGGUUCUAUGAUGCGAUGAUUGGAGUUAAGCAGUCACACCAUUUUAUUCGGAUAAAUGCCUCCCUUAGAGCUGAUUUGUUGAUGUGGUUAACAUUUCUUAGGAAUUUUAACGGGCAGACAUAUUUUACAGAAAGUACCUGGACAGGGAAUUCAGUUUUAAAUCUAUUCACUGAUAGUACAGGAUCUGUCGAGUUAGGUUGUGGUGCUUAUUUUAACGGGCAGUGGGUAUACUUUCAAUGGCCAAGUCACUGGCGUGGAUCCAAGAUAAUGAAGGACAUAACAUUCCUAGAACUGGUGCCAGUGGUACUUUCAAUGGCGAUAUGGGGCGAAAGGUUGGCAAACUGUAAGAUCCUCUUCCAUGUUGACAAUAUGGCACUGGUUUCCAUUCUUAACAAACAAACAUCAAAGGAUAAGCAUGUUAUGAACCUUAUCAGACCUUUUGUUUAUUAUGCAAUGCGAAACAAUAUUAUUUUUCGUGCGGUACAUGUAGCUGGCUCAUACAAUUGUAUAGCGGAUGCUAUUUCUCGUAAGCAGUGGCAACGAUUCCGGCUGUUAGCACCCAAUGCACAUCAUCAGCCACAGAGCAUCCCAGACCACUUCUGGGAGUCGAUCUACAAUCUGAAGUUGACAGACUGCUGAGAGCCUCGGUAUCAACAAAUACUCAUAAAGCCCAUGACACAGGAUUCAAGGGUAUGGUGUGUGGGGUCCUCAAUAAUAAAAAGGGCAGCGAUUCAAGCACGAAACAGACCUGGCGGUUGGCAGCUGGGGCUGGGGCGAGUCGGAAUUUCCAUCUGGUGGCAGGGCUAUGGCGGUUUACAAUUGGGAGCCUUGAAAAACAAAGUUUUGUUACUCUCAAGACAUGAGCCCGCACCAAAAUAUUUGGUUAUCCACUGUGGAGGAAAUGACCUGGGGAACAUUCAAAUCGCAUCAUUACGUGAGUUGAUAAAAUCUACCUUGCAAUUUCUUGCCCAGUUGUUGCCAAAUACACGAAUUAUCUGGUCCCAGAUUCUACCCAGGCUGAAGUGGCGCUAUUCACAGAAUAAUAAGGCCAUGGAGAGAGCUCGGGUGCGCAUAAAUAGUGCGGCAGGUAAAGAGGCCAUUCGGCUUGGGGGUGGAUACAUAUUGUAUCCUGAUAUUGCCCUUAAAUCGCCUUCGUUGUUCCUACCUGAUGGAGUGCAUUUAAGUAGUACAGGGACAGCCAUUUUCUUGAACACCUUGCAAGGGGCCCUAGAGAGCUUCAAAUCUGGAUGUAUUAUGGCAUACCCAUAUUAGACAGUUGUCAUGCUUUGGACUGAAUUUGUUGGGGUCACGGCUAUGUGAUAUAACUUUAAGCUUUCCUUCCCCCUCAUUAUUGUUGUGGCGGUGGUCACUAUCGCCAGAAAUAGAUUCUUGGAUAUUGACCAUAUGGCGAUUACAGGUUGCUUAAAGUAACAGUAUAGGCAAUGUACAUAUGUAUAUAUUUGGGGGGGGAAUUAUUAUUAACAGUUAAAAACCUUUUGGCCUCUGUCGUCCCAGGGUCAAGGGGAAAUAACUGAUGAGUAGUAAAUAUUAACAGUUAAAACACUUUUGGCCUCUGUUUCCCAGGGUCAAAGGGAAAUAACUGCUAGAAAUUAUUAAUACGGUAUUUGAUUGUUGGGGAUCGCCAUAAUGGUGUUGUCGGCAGCCCAGUUGUGUUGUAUUAUGUUGUCGCUAUUGGGGCUCGCCAUAAAUGGUGUUGUCGGCAGCCCAAUAAAAUAUUAUGUAAUUCAGCCGUAACCCAAAAUAUUUGCCACAUUUACAUUAACCAUCAUUUAUAUUAGACCUAGUAAAUCCAUAUAUAUAUACCUGUUUAGAAAAUAAAUUAUGUAUUGAGAUCAUGUUGUUGUCUUGAAACUUAUCUUUGAUAAUACCAUCUAUUAAUUACAGAAUAGAUGAAUUUAUCUAAGGAAGGGAAAUCGUAUUCGGUAAUGUUACGGCAAGCUUAGAAUCCGUUUCAAACACUGGCUUGUUCGCAGCGGUCAGAGUAACAACGAGCAUAAUAUCCGGUUUAUUGCCGCCCUUUUUCAUUCCUUUGUCUGAAACCAACCAUAUCAGUUUGAAAAAAAAUUGGCACAAAAAUAGUAAAUAAACCCAUCCCUCCCACCCAUUGUUGAGAAUGUGUUAAGAUAGAAAGAUACUGCUGUUGUGUGUUUUCUUUUGCAGUGAUGCUGUUGCAGAGCUUGGAUCUGUGCCAGAUUGUGAAGCUGCAAGAAGUCUGGACAUAUAGUAACAUGCAGCAGCCUAACACUGUGUUUUGUGUUCACCAUGUUUUGUGUUGUGGUCUAUCGCUUUUCCGGAGGUUUUUACACAAUGUUCAAAGUAAAACUUUAGUGUUUUUCCCUGGUUUUUAGUGCGAGACCUUCAUGGAUAUUUCUCAAUUUAGUGUGUUGCUGGACUUGUUCGUAGAGCAAAGUGACAAUCAUAUUCAAUCAGUGAUAUUCCUGAAACAGUCACAAAUUUGUAGAAUGUGAUUACAUAUCAUAUUUUCUGUUUAGUUAUUAAUGACUAUCGGAGACAUCAUUAGAAGCUAUCUUGGAACUUUUGAAAUAUUUAUAUAGGAUUAUAAAUAAUAGAUUUGA